GUGGAGCCAUUUCUUGAUAUUACCAGCAUACACCAUCAUCUCAAGAAUCAAAAUGUUGGGAAAAAGGUUCCAAAGGAGACUAAAAGCUUGGCAGCUAUUUGUCAAGAAGUGCUUAACAUCUCACUAUCAAAGGAACUUCAAUGUAGUGACUGGUCAUGUCGCCCUUUAAGUGAAGAUCAGAUAUUAUAUGCUGCUUCAGAUGCAUAUUACUUGCUCGAAAUAUUUGCCAUCUUCCAACAAAAAUUCAUCACUGAAGACAAACCAUUAUCUAGUCCGACUGAGCUGAAUGUCUCCAGUGCAACUGUUGGACUGAAGGAAAUACUCACAGAGUCAAAUAUCUGUGAUAAUGUUUUGAGGAUUAAAUUUUGUAAAGCAUCUGAUAUGGUCAAAUCAAGUGCUUUGAGUGGACAUAUUCCUCUGAACGUCUUCAUCUCAACCAUUGUCAGGAAGUUUGGUGAGAAGAUUCUGUUGAAGGAGUCAGACAAAGUCCCUAGGUCUUCUGGACGAAAAGCAAAACGACAAUCAUCAUUAAAUGCAAACCACAAAGGGCAGUUUGAUUCUGUUGGUGAUUGGCAGGGCCCCCCACCAUGGGAUCUAUCAUUAGGUGGUGAUGGAUGCCCAAAGUUUCUAUGUGACGUAAUGGUAGAAGGGUUGGCAAAAUAUCUGCGCUGUGUUGGAAUUGAUGCUGCUAUUCCAUCUUCAAAAAAACCCGAACCAAGGCGGUUAUUAGAUCAAGCAUAUAAAGAAAAAAGGGUGCUUUUAACACGAGAUGUGAAGCUCUUGAAACACCAGUACUUGAUAAGGAAUCAAGUAUACAGGGUGAAGAAUCUUCUCAAGAAUGACCAACUACGAGAGGUGAUCGAGACCUUCCAAUUGAAGAUUACUGAGGAACAACUUAUGUCAAGAUGUACAAAAUGCAAUGGGAGCUUCAUUCAGAAACCACUGACCACUGAAGAAGCUAUUGCAGCUUCAAGAGGGUUCCAAGUCAUUCCCGACUGCCUUUUUGACCGGAACUUGGAGUUUUGGCAGUGUAUGGAUUGCCACCAACUUUAUUGGGAGGGAACGCAGUACCAAAAUGCAGUUCAGAAAUUCAUUCCAGUUUGCAAUUUGAAUGACUGAGUCAGUUUGUUCUCCAAAUUUCUCGUUUCAAGGCAACUGACCCACUUUCAAAGGUGACCCCGUGACGGUAGCAGUUGGAGCGCCCGACGGGAGAAGACCGGAGAGGAAGGAAGGAAACUAGAGGAUGGAUUCGGUGACGUGUGCACCCACCAUGAAGGGAGCGUGCUGUCCACGUCGAAUUGCCACGGAUGUGACGUCACCCCACCACGCGGGCCCACAGAAUUCCCAGAGAGAGGGUCCGAGAUAUUCUUUGCUUCCAGGCGGAGGUAAACACACGGCCCACCCAUGGGCCCCAAACCACACCACACACCUCCCCACCCCACACCGCAACCCCACCCCCGCUCUCUCUUGUCUCCAUCGAUAUCCAUUUUUUCUUUUUUUUUUCUUGCGAGCCUCAAAAUUCCAACCGCAGCGCAAAUGGAGGACACGUUUCGACCGCACAGGAAAUCGACAGGCUGGUCGGACGGUGCCAGUUCGCCGCCGACCCGCCAACCGGUCCCACGCCGGAGCCGAGAUUGUUUCCCGUGUCGGCAGAGAGGUGGCUCGGCAGCGGCUUGAAGCGGCUCGCUUGGAAAAUGGGUAGGGUGUCACGUUUUUGGGUGCAAUUUCUCUGUGCCCGCACAGUGCGGCUGGCGGUAAUGGGUGGAGCCCGUGACUACGUGCAGCAUGUGAUCGAGGGUUCGGAUUGUAUCUUGCAUGCUAAAGAAUGGUUCAGCUUCCUUCGCAAUAUCUGGAUCAUAUGACAGCCGUUUUGAGAUCUAUGCAGACGAGGAAGAAAGAUACGAUCCAAUAGUUAAUGUCAUGAAAAAAAAACAUAUAAUCCAAACCCGUAACCGUAUCAUCCAAGAGAUGGAGAGAAGGCCGAAGAAAUCAUGGUGUACAUUAUGUAAAUUGAAAUUUAUUAUGAUUUAUUUAAAUUAUUUAUACAUGUGGGACGUA